GAAACAUGUGUUUGCAUUGAAUAAUCGGUCCCUUAUUUGACACAAAAUAAACAAAUUGUUUUGCAUUGAAAUUUCCAACUGUUUUGCCGACACUUAUUGUCAACACAUUUGUGGCCAUAAAUAUGGAGGACGAAGACUUGGAGGAAAUGAAAUUUUUAAGAGAUAAAUACAAGUUGAUGGCCGCCAGAGAAGAGCGACAAGUAGUCGGGUAUAAGUUUGACAUGAAUUCAAAACAUAAGAGGGAACAGUCGGUACCAAAAGGACUGACUGUGUCGACAGUGGACAAGAGUGAUGACGGACACGACCAACAAGACUCUGAAAUGGCAAAAGUCAUGGGAUUUGCAACCUUUGGGCGCAACAAGAGUUUGAAGAAAAAUGAGACAAAAACUGCCCGAAAGUUUGAUAUCGAAACAUUGAUGUCUGAAAGACCUAUUACUAACAAAUGGAAACCAUUGGGACAGUCGGAUGAUAACAUUGAUGAACAAACAAAUGUGACAAAUGAUAAUCAAAUUAAAGCCUCGACCAGUGAUGAGAGUAAAGCUGUAACGGAAAUAAUUGUACAAAAAGAGACAAAAUUGACUCAAGAAGAUGAUUCAGAUUCUGAUUUGAUUGGACCACCACUACCACCGGGAUUCUCAUUAGACUCGAUAAACAAAGAAGAGAAUAAUGAAGAUAAUGAUGACGAAGAUGAUGACGAAGAAGAUGACGAUGAAGAUUAUGAAGGAGAGUCCGGCGAUAGAUACCAUGUUUUACCUAUAAGUCAUGAGAUUGAACUGACUCACGGAACUAAAUCUGUUAUAUCAUUAGCUUUGGAUCCAAAUGGUUCUCGACUUGUGUCCGGAAGUGUCGAUUAUGAGAUGAAAUUUUGGGACUUUCAGGGAAUGGAUUCAUCGUUGCAAUCGUUUCGGUCGACCACUCCAUGCGAAUGUCAUCCCAUUAAGAAUCUAGAGUUUUCCGCUAAUGGAGACGUGAUUCUUGUUAUAUCUGGUGCUUGUAUUGCAAAAAUUGUAGACAGAGAUGGAUUCGUGAAGAAUGAAACACUUAAAGGCGAUCAAUAUAUAACAGACAUGAAUCACACCAAAGGACACAUAGCAAUGCUUAAUUCAGGUGUUUGGCAUCCAAGAGAUAGACAAGAGUUUGCCACGUGUUCUAAUGACGGCACGUGUAGAUUGUGGGACAUUGAGAACAUCAAAAAUCAGAAAACAGUUAUUAAAGCGCGUUCUUCGGGAGGACUCAGAGCUAUUCCAAAUACUUGUCGAUACACAAGAAAUGCCGAUUUGAUAUCUGUUGGUUGUAAUGAUGGAAGCAUUCAGAUGUGGGACACCAGAAGAAGUUUCAUCAAUACUAGUGCUUUAGUUCGUGAUUCACAUUUAAAAGGAUCUGAAAUUAGUUGUAUUCAGUUCUCAUACGAUGGCAAUGGUUUGCUUAGUCGAGGAACAGAUGACACAUUAAAAUUAUGGGACAUGAAGAUGCUGAAGAAGCCUAUAAUUGUGAUCAACGAACUCUAUAAUCGCUUUUCAAUGACUGACUGUUUCUUUUCUCCGGACGACAAGCUUUUAGUUACAGGUGUUUCCUGUCGUAAGGGCGAAGACUACGGACGUCUCAUGUUUUAUUCACGCGACACGUCUGAGUUAAGUCACGAAAUAACAGUCAAUAAGGGGGCAGUUAUACGGUCGGCCUGGCACCCGAAACUUAAUCAAUUGGUUGUCGGCUCAUCUAACGGUUCUAUUAAAGUAUAUUACGAUACAAAUAGAUCAGAAAGAGGCGCCAAAUUAUGUGUUGUCAAACAUAGACGUAAAUAUAAAGAAAGUUUUGAAAAUAUUGAUCAACAAAUCAUUGCCCCACAUUCUUUGCCAUUAUUUAAAACCGAACGAAGAAAACCAAAACGACUUCAGGAGCUUAAGGAUCGGAAAAAUCCGUUAAAAUCACAUCGACCUGAGCUACCAGUAAUGGGUCCGGGACAGGGAGGACGAAUAGCUUCCGCGGGCAAUACGUUUGCUUCAUUUAUUGCCCGAAAUUUGGGCGUAAAAAAUAAAAUCGAUGAUAGUAUUGAUGCACGAGAAGCCAUUUUACGUCACGCGAAAGAGGCUGCAGAAAACCCAUAUUGGGUAUCACCGGCCUAUACGGCCACUCAACCCAAACCUGUGUUCGCCAACGAAACUAAAGACGAAGAUGAAGACGACGAACCAUCAGCUAAAAGACCACAUAUUCCUGUAUAAUGUCAUUCAUUUAUUAUUUAUUAAAUAAAACU